UCACCGCAUUGUAACUCACAUCCUCGCUCGAGCUCGAGCCACAUCACAGUGCGGAAAGCGCAACUGCUGUUCAGACGGCGACUGAAGACUUCCCGCGCGAGUUUGUUUCUCAAAACAACCUUUUCUUUCUUCAUUUUGAAGAGCUUGUUUUUUUUUUCGUACUGAAAUGCAUUUUUUGUUCUAACGGACAGUUGUUCACACAUAAUGGAAAUCCAAGCUAUCUUGUUUUUAAUUCUGAAUGCGCACACAUGCACUGCCAUCUUUAACGUUAGUGCUGAACACAGUUUAGCUGAUACUGCAGCAACUGUUAAGCCAGUUAAUCCACCAGACCAUGAGAAACCCAGAACAGCAGCAGCCCCACGCAGUUUUGCAAUUAAUCGUGGCCAAAUAACCCAAACCGAUGAGCCAAUUGACUUCAACAUGGAUGAGACUUUGCCUGACUCUUCCUCAACUCCAAAUAAAACCCGUGAAGGGAUUGUUUUUUUAAGUUAUACUAUUAGACGGCCAGAAUUGUCUCAGCCUAACUAUAAAGGUGCACAUCCAUGUAACAGCACUGAUCUGAAUGAAGCAAAAUGCAACCAGACUACAAUCCUGAAGAUCUCAGAUGAGGCUGUUUUCUUCCUCAAAGGCCUGCUGGUCACACGCGUCAUGCCCUCAUUCUACAUCUUCAUCAUCCUCUUUAGUUUGCCCCUGAACGCUUUGGCCUUGGUGAUGUUCACCUGUAAGAUUCGAGCGAAGAAACCAGCGGUGAUCUACAUGUCUCACCUGGCGUGUGUGGACCUGCUCUUCACCCUGCUGCUGCCUCUGAAGAUCCACUACCAGCUGAACGCUUCAGAUUGGGUGUUCGGUGAGGUGGCGUGUCGUGUGAUCAGUGCAGCUUACUACUGCUACAUGUACUGCUCCAUACUGCUGAUGAUGUGCAUGAGUGUGGACAGACUGCUGGCCGUGGCGUUUCCCGUCGCCUCUCUAACCUGGAGGAGUGCAAGGAAAGCCACAUGCGUGUGUGUGCUGGUCUGGCUGCUGGCGCUCGCUGGUACGGUGCCACUUCUUUCAAUAAGACAAACAUUCAAGAUUAAGGAUGUGGGCGUCACUUGUCAUGAUGCGCUGAUCCAUGACGAACCUACAGAUCAGCUAUACAUGUACCUGUUCUCCAUCCUCUCCUGCCUCUACUACUUUGUGCCACUCAUUGUCACCUUAGUGAGCUACUUUAUCAUCAUAUAUGUGCUCAGUGGCAAGUCUAAUCGAUUAGCAAAAUCGCCAUCGCUCUCGGAAAAACGAAAAAGAGCUGUGAUUAUGGUUAUCGCCGUGCUGAUGGAGUUUGUGUUGUGUUUCGCUCCAACCAAUGGCAUCCUGUUGUACCACUGUGUUCGUUUAGCUGGAGGAAACAGCGGAGAGGGAGAUUCAUCAUAUGCUGUUUACCUGGUGGCUGUGUGUUUGGGGAGCACAAGUGUUUUUCUAGACCCUCUUCUGUAUUACUACGGCUCGUCUCAGUGCAGACAGAAGAUCAGAUCUGUGUUCUGGUGGAGAAGAGCAAAAAACAACCUAUCAAAUACAAGCACUCAGACAGGAUCCUCUUUUGUGAGUUGUGAGUAUAGUCAAGCUAGUGUUAGUGUAAAGAUAUGAAUUAUUUAGAAAAUUAUUUUAACUUUUUUUCAAAAAAACAAAAUACUUUUUAUUGUUUAUACUGCUGCUCAUUGAGCCAUUAACAGAAAACUGAAUCUGAAAUAGCCACAAAUCUUGAUUCAUGCUAAAGCAGGAUGAAUCUCCCUUCCAUGCUGUUAAAUGUCCAGCUGUUAGCUUGACAGAUUGACCCCGUGUAAUCACAUCUUUAAGGGACUCCAUUUCCUGUUUGUGACUGAGCUUGUGUGAGAAAUAUGGUGACAGUGAAAGCAUUUUUUUUUACAUUGCUAUAUUCAGAUCACAUCUGGAGAAUGUCAUGAGAUUUCAGGUUGCAAAAAUCUGAAGUUAAGUUGCAGAUCUGUAGUAACCACAGAAUUAAAAAAUAAAAAUAGUAAUUGUGAAUUUUUAUCUCAAUAUCUAUUCAGUGUAGAUUGCUAGACAAUUGCAAAAUCAUACAAAUAAAUAUGUUGUUCUUUUAAUAUUUUGUCAGCAUUUUCUGACAAUUUAUUAAAAAAAAAAAAAAAAAAAAAAAAAAAAGUUUCAGGCUCUAUUUAGCGCCAAAUUUGUGGAAAGUGCCAGCCAGCAAAAUAUAAUAAAUAAAGAAGGCAUUCAAAACCAUAGUAAGUGUGUCUGAAUAUAUAUAUAUAUAUAUAUAUAUAUAUAUAUAUAUAUAUAUAUGCGUGCUUGUUGACUAAUUUGUAAUUCUGAACGUAAAAUGUUAAGCUGCAAUUGUGUAUUUCAUUGUAUGCAUAUAAAGGCAUUAUCUGUAUAUUGUAUAUUACAGUUUUUUCUAUAACCUCUGUUGCUUUACAGGUUCUUCACUGCAUUAUAUAAAAUUGCCAGAUGGAAUGUGUAAAUAUUUGUUCGCAUUUAAUAAUAUGUGCACAUACAUAAUAUAUGUAAUUCAUAUGUUCUUAGAUUAUUAUAUUUUAUAAGUGAAUUGAACAUAUUUACAAUAUAGGGGCUAGUUGUCAAACAAGCUUAUUUUAUUUUUUUUUAAAUAUUAUUUUCUGUUCUCAAAACUGUCAUGUUAAUGAACUACUGUGUGAAAUAUUAAUUGGAGUAAAAAGUGUAAAACAUGCCUUUGGUCUCCUCUAUCAUAUUGUAUCAGAAGGUCAGACUGUAUACUUUUCUCAGUUCUAUGUGACAAAACUGAAAUGCUGAGAUCUUCUCAUACAGCAUUAUAUUUAUCUGUACAGAUAAGCAUCAUUUCUAUGCGAUUCAGAUCUGAACAUGUUAUUUUAACGUGCUAAUAAACUACUGUAUUUCAAA